AUGUGCGGAAUCCUUGCCUUUCUAAGACCUGUAGUAGUCUCUAAAAAUCAUUCUUCCAACUCACCUCGGCCCACUGCUACUACUGUUACUACUACAACUUCUACUACUACUACUACUACUACUACUACUACUACUACUACUACUUGUCCACUUAAUAACGUGUACCCACUGCUACGAAAAGAAACAGCAGCAAGAGGACCUGACUCUCUUUCAUCCCCCAUUGAUGUCUCAAACUCUUUUUCUACAAAUGAACCCAUAAACUACUUGCUUACCAAAGAUGCCGAGUUUGCAUGUGGACAAGAAUCUACUCUUCGCGUGUUUUCUUCAGUCUUGUCCCUACGACCGCCUCUCACUCCACAACCAAUAGUGAUUCAAAAAAACUCACUGCAACAAAUACAACAACAACAACAACAACAACAAUUAGUGGUCCAAUUUAAUGGUGAAUUGUAUAAUAAUGACAUCUCCGGGAAUGAUACCGUAUACUUUGCCUCAGCAAUAGCCAAAGCUUUAUUACAAAAGGAUGCCAACAACGGUAAAAGGGCAAGAGCCCAAAGAAUGUGUGAUCUGGUACAACAAUUGAGAGGAGAGUAUGCAUUUGUGGUUACAGACUGUGAGCAUGGUGAAUGUUGGUUUGCACGGGACCCGAUUGGGAGAAGAUCUUUGGUGAAGAUUCAAGAAAAGAAGAACAAGAACAACGAGAAUAAAGAAGAACAAGAACAAGAACAAGAAGAAAAGUUGACUGAUUCGGGGGUAAUUCUGUGUAGCGUGGCAGCUGUUAGUAUUGCUGGAAAUGAAGAAGAAUUAGGAAUUGAUGAAGAUACUAUUGAAGUCCAAGAAGUUCCUGCAGGAUAUUUGUUUUGCAUGGACGUUGAUUCUCAUUCUUUGUCUAGUUAUGAGUGGAAAUACUCCAAAAACAUUGAACAAGAAAAUGACCAACAAGAAUCUUUACAAAAUAAUACCCUUGUGUACCCAUAUACCCGUGUCAACCAAACCUUACUGCUGCCAUCACAAGAUUCAACCAAAGAACAAGAAGCUAUUCAUCUGACCCUAGAACUUGAUGAGCUUUUGGAACAAGCAACAAGACGUAGGGUAUCUGAUAUCCCCUAUAUUGUUCACAGGGUGCCUCCUACUUGUCUUGAAGAUUUGGAUUCUACUGUUCCCAGUUACUCUGCUUGUGACACCCCAAUCAGCAAUUCAACUCCAUCCAAUGUUAAUUCCCAAUUGGCUCCCCUACCAGCACAACGCCCUCGAGUCGCCAUUUUGUUUUCCGGCGGCCUCGACUGCUCUCUAGUGGCACAGUAUGUGGCCCGAAUUGUGGCGGAAACGCACGCGACCGAGCCAAUUGAUCUGCUUAAUGUGGCAUUUGAGAACCCGCGUGUGGCUGCGGCUCAUUGUGAGGCCCAAAAGUCCAAAGAGAAGAAGAAAAAACAGAAACAAAAGAAUAAGAAUAAGAAUACUACGAAGAACAAAAUCAACAAUCAAGAUGAUACUCAAGAGGAUAUUCAAAUCAAUGAAGAAAAAGAUGAAAUAUUCGACAUCUACGACACACCAGACCGUCUGCUUGCAAGAAAGUCCUGGGAAGCCUUGACUACAAAAUAUCCCACGCUGCGGCUUGUCGAAAUUAACGUCCCCUAUACGGCAACCCUAGCCCACCGCGCUCGCGUUCAGCGGCUCAUGUACCCGCAAUCAACUGCCAUGGAUCUUUCCAUUGCCAUUGCCUUUUACUUUGCAGCCCGUGGCCAUGGUAUUCUCUACUCCACGCCGACAUCUGCACCUAUUCCUGAGUAUACGACCUCAGCCAGUGUUCUUUUUUCCGGACUAGGUGCAGACGAGCUGUUUGGUGGGUACAUGCGCCAUGCGCGAGUACUCGAAGAAGGAGGCAGUACAGAAAAGGACAAGGAAGAAAAAUAUAAACAACUAGCUUUAGAAUUACAAAUGGAUUUUAGUCGCCUUGAUUCACGUAACCUGGGCCGCGAUGACCGCGUGUGCAGUGCAUGGGCGCGCGAAGUACGUUACGUGUUUCUGGAUGAGGCCGUGGUACAAUGGGCAACCUCCAAGUGUCCUUUGGAUUUGAAAGUUGGAGUACGUGAGGCCAAAGAACCGGAGACCAAAGUCGUGCUACGACGGGUUGCGAGACACAUUGGAGAAGCGAUGGCGACAUGUGCAGAAGAAAAAAAGAGAGCAGUACAAUUUGGCUCAAGAUCUGCAAAAAUGGAGGUUGGCAGUGGGCGGUCUAAAGGGACUGAUUCAUUGUAA